AUUGAAGUUGCACGUUACGUGCGUUCAGUUGUGCGAGUGUAAACCAUUUAAAUAAUAUAUAUAACUAAAAUCCAACUGUCAGCCCAAGCACUUGGAAUAUAAGAUCAAACGCCAUGUUCCGGUUUCAAAGCCCAAUCGCUUUGGUCCUGCCACUGCUGCUGGUGGCCAUGCAAGGCGCCGUUCAUGCCAGCUACCAGGGCAACAUGUUCCUCAAUGGCCAGUACCAGAACGAGAUUAAUCAGCAGCCCGAAACGCAUUUCUCUGUGAACCCAGCCAGCAAUGUCUUCCUGCAUCAUGCCGUGAUUAGCCGGCAGGCAGCACCGUUCCAGGCACCCACAUACUUGCCGCCGCUGGAGCAGCUCAAGUGCACCAAUGGCCAGCAGUGUGUGCGCCAGGAUCAGUGCCAGAAUGGCUACUACAGCCAGCAGCUGCCCAAAAUUCAGAACUGCAAGCCAGACGCCAACAUUUGCUGUACAUAUCGCCCACCAGCAACCACCACCACCACCACAACCACCAGGAGAACCACCACACCUGUGCCGUACGCCACCUGUCCACGCGACUCGGACUGUGUUGCGCCGCAAGACUGUCGCAAUGGCGAAAUCAGCGCCAUCAACUAUGUCAAAAAACAGGGGGCCAAUCGUUGCUAUGCUCCAGAGAUUUGCUGCCGCAUGCCCUCGACUACGCUGACCGAGGAUGGUUACAUCUUCAAUCUGCCCGAGAAGACGUUCCCGCUGCCCACCAACCCCACCGUGCCUGCCGUGCGCACCACCCAGCCCACCUACCGCCCACAGCCGACGACUACGCCUGCACCACGCCCCACAAAUGAGUAUCUGCCACCUGUGACCACGCGUCGUCCCUCUGUGGACUAUUUGCCACCGCAAACCACUCGUCGUCCCAUCUAUCAGCCACAGCCUACACAGCCGCGUGUUACUCAGCCACCACAGACCACACAGGCGCCCUACCGCCCACAGCCCACGCAGCCACCCUACCGCCCACAGCCCACGCAGCCGCCCUACCGCCCACAGCCCACACAGCCCGCACCCACACAGCCCGCUUAUCGCCCACAGCCCACGACACGUCGCCCCAACAGCGGCUACUUGCCGCCCGUGAGCGCCAAUGAGAUCCCACACCGUGAGCCACGUCCCACUCAGCCACCCACACGCUACGAGCCCGAUCGUGUGCCACAGCCAUCGAAUGAGAAGCCCGUGUACCGCGGCGAGGAACAACUGUCGCCCCAGAUCUUCCCCACGCCCAAUGCCGCCGAUCUGCCCAAGCACUACGCCAAGUGCGCCUCCGCGCUUGUCUGCACCCCGGAGAACUAUUGCAAUGCUAUUGGAGUGCUGAGCGACACGCCGCUGCAGCUGAGCCCCAUGGAGGCUGCCUUCCGUGUGCCGCUCACCGACUGCCUGAUACCCGAGAGUGGAGCGCCCGGCAAGUGCUGUCGCGAUCCCAACUACGUUGAUCCCUGGCCCGUCAAUCUUGCUGGAGUCUGCGCCACGCGCAACAAGCGUACCAAGCCCACAGGUGUAAAGGAUAUUGAUGCCAACUUCGCCGAGAUUCCAUGGCAAGCCAUGGUUCUGCGUGAGUCGAGCAAGUCGCUGCUCUGCGGCGGUGCCAUCAUUGGAGACGAGUUCGUGCUUACCUCGGCCAGCUGUGUGGAUGGCGUGCCCGUGAACGAUGUGCGCAUCAAGGCUGGCGAAUGGGAGCUGGGCAGCACCAACGAACCACUGCCAUUCCAGCUGGUGAGCGUCAAGUCCAUUGAUAUACAUCCGUCAUACAACCCAUCGACCAGAAGCAACGAUAUGGCCAUCAUACGCCUGGAGAAGCGUUUCGAGUUCGCCUCGCACAUUCAGCCCAUCUGCAUCAGCGACGAGGAUCCUGGAGCAAACGAGCAGUGCAUAACCACCGGCUGGGGCAAGCAGGCGUUGUCAAUUCAUGAGGAGGGCGCCAUUAUGCAUGUGACAGAGACAUCGACGCAGGCGCGCAGCGCUUGCAGUGCUGAUGCCACCAGCGUCUGCAGUGCCACCAAGUUCGAUUCGUGCGAAUUUGAUGUAGGCAGCGCGCUCGCCUGCGGCAGCGGCGCCAGCGUCAGGCUCAAGGGCGUCUACAGCGCUGAGACCAACUGCGGCGAGAACCAAUCUGUGAGCUUCUCGAAGCCAGACAUCAAAUGGAUUAACCAGGCAUUCGCUGAUCGCAGCAAGCCCUUGCUGCUGAAGCGCUUCUAAAGCGCAUCCUGUGCCUGCCAACCAAGUGUACAACAAACAGAUGAAGAAGAAGACCAACACGAAGAAGUUGAUGAAAACAGAAAGAGAUGAUUAGAAUGAUGAGAAA